UAUCAAAAUGUCAAGAAGAUAUCAUGUGUUUUCGAUCCAGUAUAACACAAUCUAAAUAAAAAUUUGUAUUUUAUUAAAAAUAUUUGUCAAGAAAGUAUGGAACUUGCGCGAAAUCUUGUUACUUGCAAAUUAAAAUGCUAUUUCCUUAAGGCACCGAAAAAAAUUUGUUUGUAUCACGUAAGACAUAUUAGAUUGGCAGAAGUAGGAAAAUUGGAAACACCAAAAUUACAAGGAAAAUAUGAAACUGGUCAAUUAAUUCUACAUAGAGUAUUUGGUUAUCGUGGUGUUAUAUUAUUUCCUUGGACAGCAAGAGUUUAUGAUAGAGAUAUACCAAAUAAAAGAGAAGGAAAUACAAAUGAUCACUAUAAUAGUGUAGGAAAAGAAGUAAAAGGUAGAACUCACACAUUUUAUCAGGUAUUAAUUGACCAAAGAGAUUAUCCUUUUAUACGUGCUCAAACAGAAGCUGUAACAUUUUUGAGUAAUCAUGAAAGCAGUCAUAGCUUAUAUACAGUACCAGGAUUAGAUUAUGUUGCUCAUGAAGAUGUUUUACCUUAUACUACAAAUGAAAAGACUGCACUGCAACAUGAACUUUUUGACAAAUUCUUAGUAUAUAAUCCAAAUCAAGAACCAUGUUUUGUUGCACAAGAAACCCUUAGAGCAUGGCAAAAAAAGAAUCAUUCAUGGUUGGAAUUAUCAGAUGUACAUAAAGAAACUACUGAAAAUGUUCGUGUUACUGUUAUACCAUUUUAUAUGGGUUAUAGAGGAAGUCAAACAACAGCUGCUCAUUGGUGGCGUUAUUGUAUUCGUUUGGAAAAUUUGGGUGAUUUGAGUGUACAAUUACGUGAAAGACAUUGGAGGAUAUUUAGUCUCUCUGGUACCUUGGAAACUGUUCGAGGACGAGGCGUAGUUGGUCAAGAACCUGUCUUAUCAAAAAUGUUACCUGCUUUCCAAUAUAGUAGUCACGUUAGUUUACAAGCUGCAAGUGGGCAUAUGUGGGGUACAUUCAGAAUGGAAAGAGAAGAUGGAUAUGCAUUUGAUUGUAGAAUUCCACCAUUUUCUUUGGAAUCAAAAGUAGAAAAACCACCAACAAAUGUGAAUAUGAAUUCUUAA